UCUAAAAUAAGUUGUUCGACUUUUUUUCUGGUUACGUGCGUUUGUGGAAAAGGACAUAUUUCUAUUGGAUGUUACUUUCAAAAACUAAAAAGGCAAGCAAGGCAAGUGCUUCCCCCCCCUCCAUCCGGUCAAAUAGCCUUCUUCCAGCACUCACUGGUUUUCCAUGUAGGCUAAUGCUCUUUUCCCAGAGGCGAAGGGAGUCCCACAACCACUAAUGCAGUCAGCUUUUUGAUGCGCCAGAAUACACUCAUCCUCUCUUACAACGACGAUUCUUUACUCCAUUCAAGUUGCUCUUUUCAGUUUUGCCAAUUCGAGACUACGAAGUGACAUCUCCCUCUCCAUUUUCGACAACUGUUAAAGACUGCUAGGUGAUAAUGGCAAUGCAGCCAUGAAAAAUGCUCAUUCGGAUCGCUGUGAGAUGAAGUUGGAGGUCCUGCGUCAAAAUAACAGGGGGCACAGCUCGGGCAACUUUUGACACCGACCCAUCGCUUUUUUCUUUCUUUCUUUCUUUUUUGAGACUUGUGGUUGAAAGAGGUGUGUAGCCUGCUUGGAGCUGUUCAUGACGGAAACGAUGGCGCUGAGUCUAAACUGCAGGACUAAUCCCAAAGAGCAGGCAUCAGUUCAGAACAGUUUCCCAGAUGUUGUUGAAUUAAACGUCGGGGGACAGGUUUAUUACACGCGUCACUCAACUUUGGUGAGCACCCCGAAUUCGCUGCUCGGUAAGCUAUUUUCUUCUAAAAAAGACGCAUCUAACGACUUAGCAAGAGACCCCAAGGGUCGAUAUUUCAUUGACAGAGAUGGCUUUUUAUUCCGGUACGUGUUGGACUACCUCCGGGAUAAGCAAGUUGUCCUCCCGGACCACUUCCCGGAAAAAGGGAGGCUCAGAAAAGAGGCUGAAUACUUCCAGCUGCCCGACCUGGUGAAGCUGCUGACCCCUGAGGAUAUCAAGCAAAGCCCGGACGACUACUUCCACAGCGACUAUGAAGAUGGGUCCCAGGGCAGCGACCACCGGCAGUGCCCGCCACCCUCUCUCGUUCCCGCGGACAGAAAGAGCGGGUUCAUCACUGUGGGGUAUCGAGGGUCGUGCACCAUGGGCCGUGAGAGUCAGAGUGACGCCAAGUUCAGGAGGGUACCUCGGAUACUAAUAUGCGGCAGGGUAGCCCUUGCCAAAGAAGUGUUUGGGGAGACGCUGAACGAGAGCAGGGACCCGGACAGGACCCCGGAUCGGUACACCUCCCGGUUUUACCUCAAGUUCAAGCACCUGGAGAGAGCUUUUGACAUGCUGUCGGAGUGUGGUUUCCAAAUGGUGGCCUGCAACUCGUCAGUCACAGCUUCGUUCGUCAACCAGCACACAGAGGACAAGAUCUGGUCCAGCUACACAGAAUACGUUUUCUACCGUGGUCCAUCACGUUGGUCGUCCCCUCCAUGUGACUGCUGCUGCAAGAACCACAAAGGUGACGGCGAGGGCGAGAGCGGCACCUCCUUUAAUGAGCUCUCCACCUCUAGCUCUGAGAGCCAGUCAGAGGCCAGCUCUCCCCAGGGAACAGUCAUCUGUGGCCCAGUAAGUCGCCAGUCGCAUCCCCGUGCCAAUGUCCAAACCCUGGACAGGCCGCUGAAAAAGGGCCCUGUCACCAUGGUCCAGCAGUCUGAACAACGACGCAAGAGUGACUUGCUGCGCACUCUUACAGCCAGCUCCCGUGACACCAGCAGCUGCAAGAAAAGGCCCACAAAAGAGAAGCUCACAGUUGAGGAGGAGUUGGAAAAGUGCAUUCAAGACUUCCGCAAGAUUAAGAUCCCAGAGAGGUUCCCCGAGAGGAAGUACAUGUGGCAGGCUGACCUGCUGAGAAAAUAUCGUCUCUGAGCCAGGAAACACAGCUGAAGGAGCAAACACAUGAGGCCAAGGAUCAGUUCAAGUGUUUUUUGAUCAUAAAUUUUGCAACAAAGGGGAGAGAACACUAAACUUAUUUAAAUCAAGUUUCUGGAAGAAACCUUACUUUUAUGCCAGUGCGCUGAGAGUCUAAACAGAAGCUAGAAGGAAUGAUAAAGAAAAAAGAGACUGUUCUAUUAUUGACGUAUGUAUGGUAGUAGGCUUUGUAUGUGUGUUUAUGUAGAUUAGGCCUACUGUAUGUACUGUAGGUGUGCUGUAACUUACUGAAUGCCUUCAGAACUUUGAAUAAUUUAUCCCAGAGGACCAAUACAAGUGGAUAAAGACAAUGUCCAUGAAAUGAUCAACCACCAGAAGGCUUGCUGAUGGCUACACUUGGGGCUAUUGAUGGCUGCUGGACUGCACAUGCUGUAAUUGGUCAUCAUUCACUGAAAAACCAUCGCAAGAGCCACGGUUUUAGUCAAAGCAGAUAAGCACUGGUCUAGUAUGUGAUUGUAUGUGUUUAUGUCUGUGAAGGUUCUCAGUCAUCCAGGUCGUGGUAAUCUAAGGAGCUUGAAAGAAAAGCGAGAAGUGUCAAACUGAAGAAGCUUCUUGGAUAAAAGGUGAAAGAUUUUCUUUCCAAGUUCCUUAGAUGUAUGUGUUUAUGUGAGUGCGCGUGUUUUGUGUCUGUUUGCACCCGUGUGGCCUAGAGGUCACACAUAAGUCCACAUUGGGACCCAAUAACACUUCAUACUGUUCCAACAGUGCUCUCACUAUAAAUGCACGCAAAAAUGUCUAAUGACAGGAUGGCAUGAAAAGCUGGGUUAAUUACUUUUAAACAACUUCUAGAGACUUCCGAGGCUGGUGUAGGCACAGUUUUAUCAGCAAGUAACUUUUGCAUAGAUCUUCACAAUGUUGGUUAGAUGUAGAGCAAUACCCACAUUACUGUGUGAAGGGGAAGCAGAAGAGUGAAGGUACCAGAGGUUCAGUGAAGCUCAAUAAAAAUAGAGCACACACAUACACAUUUUUUCCCAUGUACUGAAAAUCAUAUUCACUGCAGCAUAAUUACAUUCCAAAAUGAACAAAGCAGUCAAACUUUUAUUCACAUACUGACACACAGAGCAAUCAAGCACGGUGUCAUUUAAACUACGCUUAAUAUGGCACAAUAAAUAUGGAAAGGAUGAAAAGGGCCUGCUGUAUUUGCUUACCCAGUGAACACAGACAGAUGCCUUCUACACUGACUGUUGACAAGCUAAUCAAUAGUUAUUGAUGAUAGAGUCUGUUGAUAGAGCUGAUAGAUGUGACUCUUGUUUACAAUUACUAAUGAAGCUCCUGGGUUACUGACAAAGACAAGCUGCUCUUCUAUUCAGUCAAAAUUAGUCAUUAUUCAUGUAUUCAUUUACCUACUACUUGGCUCUGUCAGGGUCUGCGGGAUGUAUUGCAGUGUAGACAGUCAACUGCUAUAUUAAAGCAACACAAUUUAAAAACAUGAGUUAGUAUCCCCUGGAAGAUGAUUGUUAUUCCUUCAAAGUCCUUGCUGAAUAAAAAGUUACUGCCAGAGUCAUAUACCAAUUAUUUCAGGGUGCAAAAUUAAUGAUGGACAGCAAUGGCAAAAGCACACAAACGUUCACUGAUGGGGCAAUUAUAAGGCAUUUGUCUUUAGAUUUCAUAUUGUUAUUGGUCAUUUAAAGCUGCCGUUUACUUUUUCAUUGCCAGGUUAGUUCAUUAUUAUUACAAUACUAACUGCAAAUGUAAAAGAAGAGUUGAUAACUAUAUAUCACUGUUUUUGUAGAUACGUAUUAAAAGUGGUGGGAUAGGGAUUCACAUGAAUGAGAAGGCUCCUGAUUAUGAGACAGAAUUAUUCUAUUUUUGUCAUGAAGGUAUUUUCCUUCAUGAGGAAGUAGCUGAUGAAUUGGUACAUGUGUUGGUCAAGGCAUUCAA